AUGUCCGUUACGCAAGCAACGCUUCUUAUGGCCCCAGAGGCUCACGCCGAGACCCUCACAACAUCAUCCAACCCCGAAAACCCACAGAUCCAGCAAGACAUCCAACUAAGCACCAUCAACCUCAGACAAAAUGACUUGUUCGAAGCUCACCUUCCUCCGCCCGCCGGCCUCCCAGAAGAACAAGGCACCCCCACGAACCCAAUCUCCCAAGGCGUCCCCCCCGAACUCGCCAACCUCCUCUCCGAAGUCAUCUUCGUCCUCGUCUGCACCGCCGGCCAGGUCAUCUUCUCUCUCACCAUUGGCCAAGUCGCCGUCACGCAGUUCGUCUUCCGCGAAGCGCUGGGCGUGCUCCCCGCGCAAACCCCGUGGCUCAUCGGGUCCUCUGCGCUGGCCAGCGGUCUGUCCGUCAUUGUGUUUGGUCCGCUGGCUGAUCUCGCCCCUCCAAAGCCACUCAUGGUCGGGGCUUUUCUGUGGGAAGCCAUCUGGAACGGCGUCACUGCUGCGGCCGUCUCCCCGGAACUGAAAGUGCUCUUCUUUGUCGCGAGGGCCAUGCAGGGUCUUGCGGUGGGCGUCUUGGUGUCCGCUUCGAUGAGCAUCCUCGGCCGCGUGUAUAACCCCGGCAUCCGCAAGACACGCGUCUUCUCGAUGAUGGCUGCGGGAGCGCCCUUUGGAUACUGGAUAGGAUGCGUCCAGGGCGGGCUCCUCAGCGCACACCUCCCCUGGAUCUUUGGCACCACGGCCAUGUUCCUCGCGGUGUGCGCUGUGGCGGCGUACUUUACGAUUCCGGAUCUGCGUCCCGCGGCGGACAGCUCGUCUGCGGAAAGGCCCUCGGUGAGACAGUUUGACUAUACGGGUGCGUUGCUUGCGUCGUUGGGGUGCGGACUGGUCUUGUUUGGGCUUACGCAGGGGUCUGCGGUGCAGUGGAGUGCGUAUACGUACGUUUCUGUGAUUCUGGGGCUGUUGAUGCUUGUUGCGUUUUAUUUUGUGGAAAAGAGGGUGAAGAGGCCGCUUAUACCCAGUGGGCUUUGGAGGACGCCUGGUUUCGUUGCGCUUUUGGUGUCGUACGUGUUUGGAUAUGGGGCUUUUACUGGUGCCUGGCAAUUCUAUGCCAUACAGUUCUGGCUUCGUUACCAAGGCGCGUCUCCCCUCACAGCAGCAUUAUACCUGCUCCCCAACGGCAUCGUCGGCGUCCUUGCGGCAUGGGUUGUUUCCAAGACGCUACACGUCGUCCCCGGCCACUGGAUCCUAGCCAUUAGCAUGGUAUGCUUUGGUAUAGGACCGGUCUUCUUCCUCCCCCAGACGCCAAGCACCCCUUACUGGGCUCUAUCCAUGCCGGGCGUGGCUCUGGCGACAUUUGGGCCUGAUUUGAGCUUUGCGGCCGCCGCCGUCUUCAUCACGUCGAGCGUGCCGAGGUCGUAUCAGGGCGCUGCGGGGGGCCUGUUGGUUACGGUGCAGAACUUAACGAUGGCGAUUUUCACGUCUGUGGCUGGGUCUAUCGGGAUCAAGAUCGAGAUGCUGCCUGAUGGGGAGGUGGGGUUGCAGGGGAUAAGAGCGAUUUGGUGGUUUGGGUUUGCUUUUGCUUUGCUGGGUGCUUUGAUUACGAUUACGAUGGUGAGGAUUCCCAAGGCAGAGGAGAAGGAACAUGUGCAGUAG